CCUCACUACACCCAACGAAAAGACCUCUUCCCCAUGCAAGGCGGCUGCCCCUGCGGCCACAUCCGCUACCAGCUCGCCCUGCCGCCCCUCCUCGUCCAGACCUGCCACUGCACCCUCUGCCAGCGCCAGACCGGCUCCGCCUUUGCCGUCAACGCCAUCGUCGAAUCCUCCGCCAUCUCCCUCCUCCCGUCCGCCGCCGCUCCUCCCGCCGCGCCCCUCAGCAAGGCCGAUGCGCAACAAGCAUCAUCCUCCUCAUCAUCAUCAUCCUCGCCAUGCGGCAUCCUCCCCGCCUUCGCCGAAGCCACAAACCCAACCGCACCACCGCAAACAUCAUCAUCAUCUCCCCCAUCAUCGAAUUCAAUCCCAAACCCCAUAAAGAUAACCCUCCCAACCCAAUCCACCAUCGGCCAAACCCAAUCCCAGUGCCCCCGCUGCCACGCCCCCCUCUGGAACGCCUACGCCGACCUCGGCCCCCACGGCAUCUACCUCCUCGUCGGCACCCUCGACGCGCCCUGGGAACUGCCUCCGGACGUGCACAUCUUCGUCCGCAGCAGCCGCAGGGAUCUCGUCGCCCUCACGGACGGGAAGCCCCAGUUCGAGGGGCAGUACCCGGAUCGGGCUGCGUUUUACAGGCCCGAGGUCAAGGAGAGGGCUGAGCGGUUGGCGGAGAAGCAGAAGGAGUGGAGGCAGAUGAUCAGGGCUGCGUAUAAGGCCCGGUUUGCAAAG